AUGACGGAACCUUUGGUGACAACGACGGCAUAUGACACGACAGAAUCCGAUUCUUCAGAAGAUUCCGUGAAGAAACCUCCCUCGAAGGGUGCCGGCAAGAAGGGCGUGAGGCAGCUCAUUCCGACCUCGAGCUCCAAACAGAAGGCUGGCGGCGAGAGCACCCCCCGGCCGUCGGGCCCGGCUGCGCGAGUCAGCGACUCGCAUCACUCUCGGCUGUCCCGCAUCGGCAAGCACACCUUCAUCACCAAGGCCGUGGUGGAGGCGGUUCCCACGCGGACCUUCGUGCGCCCGAAGAAGGAUCCCAACAAGAACGCAGCGGUGAUGCGGGAGCCGCCCCCCAGCGGGUCGGAGGGGUCGGAGAGCGGCGGGAGCCUGGGCCGCCGGAGGACCAUCGCCUCGUCGACGCUGCCGGCGUCCCAGCGCCCGAGCGGAGCGGCGACGCCCAGGGGCGCGUUCCCUGCGGUCGGGGGCGGCAGUGGCUCGCGCGCCGCGACCACCUCGGGGACCAGCUCUGCGAUCCGCCCAGCUCCAAGCUCGGGGACCAGCUCUGCGAUCCGCCCAGCUCCAAGCUUUGGGUCCAGCUCGGCGAUCCGUCCAGCGCAGAGCUCGGGGACCACAUCGACGACCCGCCCAGCGGCCGGCUCGGGGACCACCUCUGUGAUCCGCACAGCGGCCAGCUCGGCGGCCAACGUAGCGACGAGCAUCGCGGCCCACGUGACGUUCAACGCGGCUGCUCGCGGCCGAGCGGUCGAGGCCAAGGGCAAGGGCGCCGUCCCGCGACAGCCCCGCCACACCGCGGAGUCGCGGCUCUAGACUAGACUAAGCGCUGUGAACGGCGCUCGAUUUUAUAACUAGUGUGAACUUGGUUCCUACUUGAUAUUUUAAGAUUGUAAAGACGGAUUUUACUGUAAGUUUUAAUUGUAUUUUCAAAAUCGACGUGUAAAU